AUGAUGAAGGGAAACUCAACGUUGUAUGGAGGGAGUGUCCCCAUAGUGGGAGACCCUCGAGGCUUCUAUCCACCGAUGGAUUUUGCUUUGAGCAAAGACGGGAGCUUUACCGACUGGUUGAAAAGCAUUGAAGUGUACCACCUGAUAGAGCACGUGCUGGACAAGAACUACGACUGUUGGGACUUCAAUAACAAGAAAAUCGAAGGACUCCUCUUGUUGAAAAGAAAGGAAAAGAAAGCAGGGUUCCGUCACCCCUGA